CCGCAGCUGUCAUUCGCAUCGCACAGGAAAGUCAACAAACGACUCCCAGAAAAGAGUAGGAUAAAGACGCCCUCCCAGCAAUAACGUGGUGUAAAUAAAGCCGGCUAGCCAUAAAAUUAAUCUCCUCGUCUGCGUGUGGACAUUUUGAGGACCGAAAAUGCAACGUUCGCAUCUGUUUCUCCUCUGCUUGGCCGGUUUGGCACUAGCCCAAAGCGUCCAUGCCGAAGCCAAGCUAAAGAUUGGCGUAAAGAAACGUGUCGAAAACUGCACCGUGCGCACGAAGAAGGGCGACCUGGUGCACAUGCAUUACACGGGUACGCUUGAGGAUGGCACCGAGUUCGACAGCAGCAUUCCGCGUGGCAACCCGCUCACCUUCACGCUUGGCAUGGGCCAGGUGAUCAAGGGCUGGGACCAGGGGCUGCUCGGCAUGUGCGAAGGCGAGAAGCGCAAGCUCGUCAUCCCACCGGAGCUGGGCUACGGGGAGCGUGGGGCCGGCGAAAAGAUUCCCCCCAACUCGGUGCUCAUCUUCGAGGUGGAGCUGGUAAAAAUCGAACGCAAAACUGAGCUGUAACUUUAGAGGCGACGGAGCAAUAAAAGCGUCUUUCAGCGUUUGUGUCGUAAGUAA